AUGGGGAGGCAACUGGGCUCCCUUGGACUUGCACUAGGCCUGCUCUUUGGCUGUGGUGAGUACCUCUCCUGCUCCCACUCUGCAGUCGUGCAAGAGACCAGCACACAAGUACUAUGUGGGGUGCCCUCCCUGGGCCGGAUCGUGGGUGGAAUGGAUGCCCAAAGUGGACAGUGGCCCUGGCAGGCCAACCUUAAUUUCAAUGGUGUUCACGUCUGUGGAGCGACCCUCAUCAACCCCCAGUGGGUGGUCACAGCGGCUCAUUGCUUCCCCCCGGUGAAUGACAUUAAUCUGUAUGAGGUGACUCUGGGAGCCUUCCAGCUCAGAAACCCCUCAACAGAUGUUGUAGUGAGGCUGAUAGGCGAAGUGAUCAAACACCCGGACUUCACUGAAGAUGAAGGAUCUAAAGGCGACAUCGCCCUGGUGAAGCUCAAACAACCGGUUCCUUACACCCGCACAAUCCGGCCCGUUUGCCUGCCUGCCUCCUCCGUCAACUUCCCCAAUGGCAUGAAGUGUACAGUCACCGGCUGGGGGAACGUGCUCAUGUCCACGAGCCUCCCCUCGCCCAUGACGCUACAGCAGCUCGAAGUGCCCAUUAUCGGGCUGGACACCUGCAAGUGCCUGUACAAACGGAACCCGGAUCCUGAGGACCCCCACGUCAUCUACAGCGACAUGAUGUGUGCUGGCUUUGCCGAGGGAAAGAAGGAUGCCUGUCAGGGUGACUCUGGAGGGCCGCUGUCCUGUCGCAUUGGCAAUGCUUGGUUCCUGGCUGGAGUGGUGAGCUGGGGGGACUCAUGCGGAGCCCCCAACAGGCCUGGUGUCUAUACCCGCGCCUCGAGUUAUGCUCACUGGAUUAAGGAGCAUGUUCCGGAGGCGGAGUUCAGCGAUGUAGUCGCCGAUGUGGAGCCAGUCUCCGAAGAGGGCAUGUGCUCCGUUACUACUACUAGCCGGCCUGGACCUUUGGGUGACAUCCAGCCUGCGCCAGGCUGGAACCGUCCUAUCAACCCCAGCAAUCCUCCCUCAGACAGCGCUGCCUCCUGGGCCUGUACAGCCAGCCUGCCCCUUCUUCUCCUUCUCCUUCUUCAGAGCUACCAGUAUCUCCUAUAAACCACGCAGCGGUUGUGCCACAAGAUUGUGUAGGGCGAGUGGAUCCCUUCCUACUCUCAUACUCAAGUGGAUGGUCCCAUUAUUUCAUGGUCUGUCACUCCUCAGGCUUUCGCUUUGCCCGCCGAACGCAACUCCCCUUGCCCUGGCUGCAUAUUUUUGAACUGAUCAUGGCUGGAUGCAAUUCUGUAGGCCCCAAAUGGCAGCCAUCCUCUAACCUCGCUGUUGAGGACAGCUUCCCAUUAAGUUAUGAAAUUCUGUCUACUCUCUUCCUCAUGCUAAUUCCUGGGUCUCACUUCUCACCAAUCCCUGAUGUCACUGCCUGGCAUCCUCUGCCAUCUGUACACGGACUCAUUCCUCACCCAAACUGAUGUGCCUUGAUCUGCCUCAUGAUACGUACCGCUCUCAGGUUCCCUUCAUGCGCUCCUCAAACUUCCAGCUUGUAAAACCAAGCCGUCUCAUAGCUGCU